AUGUCUCCAAAUUCUCAAACCUUUAUAAUCUUCAUCGUACUCAUCUUCUCUUUAGCAUUCUCAUCAACAAAUGCAUCUCCUCACCAAAAACGUGGUGUAUCUUUUUCGCAUUUUGUUCCGAACGCAGUUAAAGGAUUAACGGUUGAUGGAUUUGUCACGUAUACUGGUUUAGCGAAUGGUCUUACGCGAAUAACUGGCCAAUUAAACAAGGGUUUUGAUCAAAGCUCCAAUCCGUCGGACUAUCAAUUCAAAGUGGGUGAUUAUCGAUUUGACAACUCUCUUAAUUAUACAAUUAAAAAUGGUGGUACCUCGGCUUUCACCACCGAUGUUCCCACCACAGACGUUGGUAGUCUUGAGAACAAACGUGCUACCAUUAAUUUUAAAAAUCAAGUUAUUGGCGAUGCACCCGUUAAUACAAUUUGA